AUAUUCCGGGGCAAGAGGUGUGGAAACUCACAAAAGCGCAAUUGCACAAGUUCGCAACACUGAGCAUUUUGUGGUUACGUGAAAGUGAAAGAAAGACUCUAAGAUCAAGCAUAGGGGCACUCAGCACCGAGUACUGGCGCGGAGACAAGAACUUUGUGAACUCGCUGUUCUCACCAAGAGGCGAGUAGCGAGUGACAGCAUAACAAAUCAACACUGCACUGCUUGACCUGAUAAACACUUGAUCAACAACUAAUCACCAACACAUGGGCCGACACAUCAUCAUGGAGGAAUACAUGAGGUCGAAAGCAAAUAUGCAACACGCAGGUCCAACGGACGGUCUAUAUGAUACUGCAAUGAGGGUUAACGUUAACCCUGCAAGAAUUGUUAAUGAAAAUGUGGUAACAAGAUCGAUAAACGUUGAUGUUGCUAUAAUGAUCUCUGACAUGCCUUCGGAGGAAAUAGAGAAGAUAAGAGAUUUGGUAGAAGAGGAACUCGAUUCGCGGAAAGAAACUAGUCAAGAGUGUGAAAUGAGAGACAGACCUCAACCCGUUAGACCCGUUAGACGAUUAUUACCCAGUGUACCCCCUCAGAUAUUGCGUCUCCCACCUACUAUUGACCCCAGACCUCAAUCUCCUCCCCUCAUACAUUAUGGGUCAGCUCCUAGUGCCUACGUACAGAUAUUGCGUCCCCCAUCUACUAUUGACCCCAGACCUCAAUCUCCUCCUCUCAUACAUUAUGGGUCAGCUCCUAGUGCCCACGUACAGACUCAAUCAUCUCAUAUUCCCUUCAGAAAUCAUCAGUCAGAUGAUGUCUGGGAGAUUCCUAGUGCCCACGGACAUCAUCAGUCGACUGCUAGUGCUCACAAACAAACUCACUCAUCUGCUGCUUCCUCCGGACAUCAUCAUCAGUCAGCAGCUCCUAGUGCCCACGGACAUCGUCAGUCGGCUCCUAGUGCCGACAAACAGACUUACUCAUCUGCUGUUUCCUCCGGACAUCAUCAUCAGUCAGCAGCUCCUAGUGUCCACGGACAUCGUCAGUCGACCCCUAGUGCAUAUAAACAUCGUCAGUCAACUGCUAGUGCCCGCAAACAAACAUAUUCAUCUCCUAUUUCCUCCGGACAUCAUCAAUCAGUUCCUAGUGCCCACGAACGUCGUCAGUCGGUUCCUAGUGCUAACAAACAGAUUCGCUCAUCAUCUGCUAUUCCCUCCGAACAUCAACAGUCAGCCUCUAGUUCCCAUGGAAAUAUUUCGUCAUCUUCUCAUAUAUCUAGUAUAUCUAGUACUCAUCUAUCUAGAAAAGACAUUUGGACACUAAGAAAAGAAUUUGAAGACAAGAGAAAAUUAAAGGAAAUCCAAAAGUCUGAGACGAGGAAGAGGGUAGAAAUGAAAAAGACUGAAGGACAUGUCACCAGUAGUACAUCCAGUAGUAGUCUUAGGAAAAGAUACUCGCCAUCGACCGAAAAUAAAAGAAUACUUUUCAUUCAUAAAAGAUCUUCGUCAUCGUAAUAUGUUUAAUUAUUUGACGAAGUCAUAUCAAUUGUGAACU